AUGGCAACUCAAAGAUUUUCAAACUUCUCCAUCGAUUAUAUUUUAGGCGAGAGCAGCAAACAAACACCAACAUCGCCUGCAGUGGAUCAUCAUUCGCAGCAUUCCUCAGGACAUUUAACCAAAGUGGAUCUUCUGUGCCAGGAUGGAUCUAGAGGUCAUGGUGACCAUGCAACUCUAAUGAUGAACUUUCCAUCAUCAUCCUGGGCAGAAAUGUGCAGAUGCUGUGUUCCAGUAGGAUAUUAUCAAAAGAGCUUUAAUUCCAACUACUAUGCAGGCCAGCAGUGGCCCUUCUAUAUGUAUGGAACAGGAUGUGACAAAGCUGACAGUCGCUGCCACCAAACUGCACCUCAGAGACAGCGCAGUAGAGUACGAACCGUUUUUACGGACAGCCAGACGGAGCAGCUCGAUCGACUCUUCGCUAUCACGGACUACCCGUCCGUGGAGGCCCGCGCUGAGUUAUCGAAGAGCACCGGCCUCAGUGAGGAGAUUGUGCGGGUGUGGUUUAAAAAUCGACGAGCACGCAGAAAAAGACAGACACCUGCUCCUGAUCUUCCCCAGGAUUCAGAUUAAUUUAUGACGGAAUUAUGUCAACGCUGACUCUAAAUUAAAUUGUGAACACCGUUUUAAAAAAAAAUACAGACACUUUCAUUUAUAGUUGUAAAGUAUGAACAGGUUUUAUACGAAUAAAUGUUUUUUUCUGAGUGACAAACUUGAGUUUCAUUUAUUUUCUUCCUUCAUUUUUUGAUUAGCUAGCUAGCUAGCGGGAAAAACAGAUAAAAAUAAGCUUACAAAAUAAGUAUAAAACCUAAAUGUUUAUUAGUCAUAUAUCCAUAGCCAGGAUAGUUUCACUUGAAGUAAUUAAUAAACUUUUCAUGCUGAUACACUGUAGGAAAACACCCCCAGCAAAAGGUAUACACAGCAUGCAGUACAGUUACUGUAUGGUCCAUCAAAUCCCGAACUGAAUUAAUAAAUAAUAUCCACAUUAAUUCCAUUUACAGAGUACAGUAUUGUUAACAUGAAAACACAAAACACAUAGGCCUAACCUUAAAAAAGUACAUUGUAAAAUUAUUAAAAUAGAUAUUUUCUUGGACAAAUAAAUGCUUAGAAAUUAACUAUACCAAUUACACAACUGGAUAGAAAAUGACAAAAAGCUUUGCUGACAAUGUUAGAUGUCACAUUUAAACUCUCAGACUUGAAACUUAAAAGUGUGGAGGGUAAGCCAUGUCAAUGUGAGAUAAUUACAAAUGAAAUGGUCAUACCUUUUUGUUUUCCUUUUGGCAUCAAACAAUGAAAUGUGACUUGUGUUGAAAUUAAUUUAAAAACAGUGAGAUAUUGUUGAUUUUUACAACUUUAAGUCACCAUAAAGCAACAUACUCUACAAGUCACAAUAAGUUUCAUCAAACUGAUUAUGCACAAGGUUUGUUGAAAGCUGACCUUUGAACUCCAUUAGAAGAAUACUACUCUAAUCACUACUGUGUCAAUGUUAAACCUACCACACAAAUUCUAUAACUCUUCAAUGAAUAAUGGCAUGGCAGCUGAAGAAAUCAAAAGCUAUUCAGACCUGUUUAAGCAGUACAUUUUCAAUUUUGCAAUUUGCUCUUUUUUCUUUCUUUUUUUUUUUUUUUUUUUUUU